UAAUAUUUGUGUGGCCAUGUUGUCAGGUGUUGGAGAAAUUCAGGCUCGUUCUGCGAUGCAGUCUUUCCGAAGUCGCUCCUCAGUAUCUUCUGAGCACUCACUAGUCCAAGGGGAUGAGGAGGCAGGUCAUGAGCUGCGUGUUGUGGUAAACACAAAUGACCCAGAUUAUGAGGAUGUUUACUCUAUAGAGAGCUACGAUGAUCCCAUGGAGAAAAUUCUUGACAUUAUGCCCUCUGUCAAUCAGAGCCAAGUGAGAGAGAAAAGAGAGGUUAAAGGUGAAGAUCCGUGUGUCUUGGUGCUGGAUGAAGGCGGAUGCUCCAGAUACACUUUGCGCUGGUACUUUAAUGCUCAGGUGGGCGAGUGCAGACCCUUCAUCUAUAGCGGCUGCGGCGGAAAUGCUAACCGUUACACACAUAAAGAGGAGUGCGAAGAACACUGCCUACAACAGAGCAGAGAUGCUCUGAAGCCGAAUAUUGGACGGUAAUGACAGGACCAAACAUACACACACACACACACACACACACACACACACAUGGUCUCCAGGAUCUCAUCACAUCUCAUCUGAUGGAUCUCAUCACAUCCUAAACUAUCUUUAUUUGCACCGUUUUUAUUAUUCUUUAUAAUCCAUUUCUGCUUUUUUAUCUUUUUUUUAUUUAUUUGGUUUACCAUGUUCCAACAUAUCCAUUACAUUUCAUUCAUGAAUAAUUUAAUAUUUCCCAAACAGAUAUAUGUAUAUUUUUGAACGUGUUUUUUUUCUCUUGACCUUUGUUCUCCCCUCCACACAAAAACACAAUUUUGCCUACUUUUUUAAUAAAAUUAGAGACAUUUGCAGAUAUAUGGGGAAAAUAGAUAUCUUUAUAUUUGAUACAUGGCUGUAUUAAAUUUCACUUCGUUUCAUUAUUACACGCUUGUACCUAAAACAAUUGCGAUACUGCUCCUGAGUCCAUGACGUUGGUGAUACCAAAUGAACUAAGAGCAUAAAGAAUUUGGGCAGAUUUACAUAUUUUAUCCACAAUAUUUAUAUAGUGAACUGUUGCAAAUUGUUGACUCUGGUGUUUCAGCGAUGUUAUUGGUUUUAAUUCUGAAAUUUUCCUUCUCUUCUGCUCAUAGGACCAUUUUCAAAUGGUUUUUUAAAUGUACAUUUUCAAAAAUAUCCACAUACAUGUAUACGUAUAAAGCACAACAUCACUGAUGUCCAUGAAAAAAAAAUGAUUCCAACUGCUUUCAAAAGUGAAUCUAAAGGAGUAAUCAGUCGGUAGAUAAGCGUUUAAUGCAAUAAGCAGGAGUUUAGAGUCGACUCUACGUUCAUACCCCAGGCUGCUCUGAUCCAGCCCGUCAUCAUGGAUUCCUCCUCCUCUGUUUUACUAUUGCACUCUCAUCUCACUCAUUUUCUACCUCGGGUCACGGGGAGCCUGUGCCUAUCUCAGGGUCAUCGGGCAUCAAGGCAGGAUACACCCUGGACGGAGUGCCAACCCAUCGCAGGGCACACACACACUCUCAUUCACUCACGCAAUCACACACUACGGACAAUUUUCCAGAGAUGCCAAUCAACUUACCAUGCAUGUCUUUGGACCGGGGGAGGAAACCGGAGUACCCGGGGAGAACAUGCAAACUCCACACACACAAGGCAGAGGUGGGAAUCGAACCCCCAACCCUGGAGGUGUGAGGCGAACGUGAUAACCACUAAGCCACCAUGGCCCCCUUACUAUUGCACCAGAUUUAAUAAAAAAAAGUUUGAGUAUGUUAAAGGUUACUGCCAUUUAAGUAAGUUAUCUAGAUAUAAAUCACUAGAUAGUGUUUGGUGCCAGAAAUGUACGUUUUACAGAACAACUAGCUGGUGACUGUUACUCACAAACCAGACUUUCUGAGUUUCAGAAAAAAUCAGAAUUUUUUUUAUUGAACAAAUACAAUGCUCUUAGUCAAUCCAGAAUUGUGGAUAAACCUCAAACCUGAAUAUUUCAGGAAGUUAAACUGGGGUUUUGGCUUUCAUAAGAGAAUAUCUACUGUAUGUGUGCAGAUUUAUUGGGCAACUAUUAUUGUGCAGAAUUAUUAUGCAACUAAAUUAAAAAAAAUAACAUUUUCCACCUCACUUGUUUAUUUAUCUGUUAAAGUGAGAAUACAGUCUCUCUCAUCUCAUCUGUCCAUAAACCUGUCCUCAGAUAUUUCUUGGCCCAGUCUUGAUAUUCCAGCUUCAGUGUCUUGUUCAGUGGUGGUCGGGUGUCAGCUUUCUUUACCUUGUCCAUGUCUUUGUGCACUGAACACCUUGUACUGUACCUCUGGGCAUCCCGGAUAGGUUGUAGUUCUAGAGUAUGACAGCACUGGAGGAUAACGAAGUUCCUGCUAGCUUCACAUUUGAUUCUUCUCAAAUUAAUUUAAUUAGUUAAUUAGCAGUUAAUUUUUGCGUCUUUUUUCCCGUCACGUUUCUUGCGACCUUGUUGACUAUUUGCAACAAAACAAUUCAUGGUUCUGUGAUCACACCCCAAAACUCUUACCUAAGUGCUGCAUUUCUUCUUUUUCUUCUUCUUCUUCUUCUUCUUCUUCUUAUUAUUAUUAUUAUUAUUAUUAUUUUUUUUUUUUUUUUAUUUUUUUUUUUUAUACACACAUCAAUUACACAUCACCUGAUAUGAUUAAAUCCAGUAAGCAUUCAUGUUUCUACUGUUGGAGUUGGAAAAUAUGCAUAAAAAUGUGAUGAAAUACUCUAUACUUGUGCACACAGUGUACUGUAUGUGUUGAAAUUUUAGUCAUUUUGCUAAACGUGUUAAUUUUUUUCUUUCAGUAUGGAGAAUUUUGUACAUCCUGUAUUUAUCUUGCAUUAUUGACUCCAUAGUCCACACAUUACGAUUAUACAGAUCGAACUUUCCCCUUCAUGUAUGCUGUGUUUCCGUUCAGUUUUUGCUCCUGUUUUUACUAUGGUGCUAAAAGACACAGGACCUGUAGUACACACAGACUGCAGCAGGUUUCUGCCGGUGAAUCAAAUCCAUCACCUGCUUUAUAAUAAUACAUUCUGCAUUAGCAUGUUUAAAAAAGUGCUAUUUGUAUUGUUUUAUCAGCGUGGGCUGGGUAUUGACUAAAAAUGUUCGUGCAUCUCUAGUUGCAAUAUUACAGAAGUGAUGAUACGUCUGCUUACAUGUGCAGAAUCACUGCCAUAUUUGCAGCUGCUAUUUUUAGUACACAGUCAGUCUCUGGUGUAUAGAGAAGCUGUAACUGUAAAUAUAGAACUGUUUUUUUUUCCCCCACGAAUGUUUCUUGAAUUGCAUGUUCACUUUGCUUUAAAAACUAAUAAAGACAAAUGGUGCUAUUUUUCAGACAUAUUUAUAACAUGGAUUGUACUUGAUGUCAUUUUGUAUGUGGUAAAAAUGAUGAUUAAAAUUUUCAGUUUGUCUGAA